AUGGAGCAGCCCAACGACACAAAUGAAUCCGACGAUGCAGAGGGGUUCGAAGACCCGGACCGAAAUAAAGACCUAAACGGGCCCUAUGACCGGGACAUACCCCACCACACGAACAAGCCCGAUGACCCGGACGGGAACACCAACAAACAGGACGAGCCCGAAGCCUCGGACGAGCCCCACAACUCGGAAGAGCCCAACGACCCGAACGAGCGCGAUGACCAAAACGAGCCCGACGACCCGGAUGGACCCCACGACCUGGACGGGCUCGAUGAUCCAGAUAGGCCUGACGACCCGAUCAGGCCCAACAACGCGGGCGGGAUCCAUAAUCCAAACAGGCCUAACGACCCGAACAGGCCCGACGACACAAACAGGACCAAUGACCCGAACUGGCACUGCGAUCCAGACAGGCCCCACGACCCGAACGGGCAUGACGUGCCCGAUGAUCCAGAAAGGCCAGAAGACCUGAACGGGCCGGACGACCCAGACAGGGCUAAUGACCUGGACGCGCCCGAUGAUCCAGACAGGCCCAAUGACCCGAACGGGCCAAACAACCCGAAUGAGCCCAACGAACCAGACAGCCCAGUUCGGGUCGUUUUGCAUGUCGAGAUCAUCAGGCCUGUCCAGGUCGUCAAGCCCGUCCUAGUCAUCGGUCACGUCUGUGUUGUCGGUCAGAUCCAGGUCGUCGAGCUUGUUCGAGUCGUUGGGCCUGUCUGGAUCAUCAGUCCCGUCCAUGUCGUUAGGCCCGUCUGA